AUGUUCAAAACUUACAAAUUAUUCUUAAAUAUCAGGAAAAAUCACUUAUUAAAAACAUUCUACUAUUUUCCAAAUGAAACAUCACGCAUUAUUCCACUAGAAACUCUUCUGAAACAAACUUGCUCAACUGUUGAAAAGGUUCCUACACUUCACAGUGCUCUAAAGUCUCUCGCACAGUUUGCACAACAAAAGACUGAAAUAGUAUAUAAAGGUUUUCCAGAACUUCCUACAAAUUUCAGAGAUUAUUUUUCAAAUAACACUAUUAACUUAAAUUAUUUCUGUUACCUUACGUUUCCAACAACAUUUGGCUUUUUUACAUUCCCUGAAGCUUGUGAUGCUUCAUUUGAGUUUCUGAAAUAUUUUCUUGAUACAAAUGUAUACGAUGACUGCCUUUUCAAGCUUUGUUCCGGAUACUUUAUAGGUUUACCUUUCUUUCCAGACGAUCUUUGCGCAAAAUUUUUCAAAUUAUCUCACGAAGAAUUAUUAAUUCAAAAUUCUUAUGCAUUAACUGAUAUUCAAGUCUUCAAAAUAUUCGACAAAGCAAUUACUUAUGCAUCCAAACUACUUCCAGUAACUCAUAAACGACUAAUUACGUUGUUAUAUAAUUCUGACCAAUCUUUUACGAUAAAUAUGCUUAUAAACGGAGUUCUUUACCCAGCAUUUAAUGCAGAGUAUAAUAAUAACAUGCUUUCCAAGUAUACGGAGACAUUUCUUCCCUUAAAAAACAUUUUUGAACAAAUGAAAACGAAACCAAUGGGUCCAACAUCGAAAUUAUUCAUCAAAAGACUUACAACAGGUGAUUCCAAGUCACUUCUCUUUGAAUCUUAUGAAGGAAUGACUGGUUUGGAGUUCAGAUAUUAUCCGGCUUAUUUAUCCAUUUACGAAGUCCAAUAUUUCAUGAAAUUAUUACCAAAUGACAAUCAGUCAGUGACUAUCGCCAACAUAAUCAAAGGAUCUAUCUUUGAUCAGUCAGUUCACGAUACAAGGUGUUUACAACUUUACAUUUUCCCGGUAGAUAAAAGAUGUCACCCAGAAUCAUUAUUUUACAAUUACGAUCCAGUUAAAAUCAAGUUUGUCAAUGAAGAUUUCUUCAGAUCUUAUAAUAUUUUGAAUUAUUUGACGAAAGAGAAUAUUAUUGAUGGAUUUGAUCUGAUACAAGAUCCUACGAAGAUUAAUGACAUCGUUGAUAAUCUUCAUCGCUCAACUCUCCAAAAAUUUAAUAUUAUUAAUGAUAUCAAUUUCAAUACGUACGCGAACGUUGUUUACAUGAACAACUAUUUAUCUAGCUUAAGUAGAUUGGAUCAGACAAUCAUUUAUUUGCACGGAUUGAAUGAAGUUGAAAAUCUUCAGUUUUCUUGCCAAAAUUAUACAAGCAAACUGUUCAAAAUGAUAUUACAGAACCAUGAUGUGACACAUCCUUCUCUAAAGUUCUUAUUUACGUUGACUCAUAUUCCAGCCGAAAUUAAAGAGAUAAAUGAAGCAAGAAUCGCGUUAUCUUACCAUCUCUCAGAUAAGCUAUGCUCAUAUUCAACUGUUGAUAAGUCAAUUAAGCUUCCAAUCGUUUUAUCUCAUUUUGCACAGAUUUCUUUAAGGUGUACUCAUGCUGAAAACAUGGUAAUAUUCACAGAUUUGCUACAUCAGAUGAAUUCUAUGCUUAAAUAUGACGAGAAAAAGCUUCUUUCUGCAAUUUUGACUUAUUUCCCUCAUGAUUCUAUUCCUCUUUUGAUGACAUGCGCUUUAUAUUACGCCAAACAUGUCAAACCUCUCAAAAUGUCGGAUGAUAAGUACUACGUUGAAGCUACAAAAGAUUGGGAAGUAAUUGACAACAUUAUAUACCAUUAUCGCAAUUCUAACUUCGAAUUCGACCAGAAGUACAACUAUUAUAUGUCUGUUUUCAAUUGA